CAGCGGUGCCGUUAGCGGCCCCCUCGCGCACGCGCGCUGGGUCGUUCCUCCGGGCCCGGGCGAAAUGGCGGCGGCGGUAGCGGCGUCGCGGAGCUUGGCGAGGCGCUGGCUGCGGCCGGCGGCGCGGGCGUGGCCAGCAGCAUGCCAGACUCUUGCACGUAACUUACACUUCACAGUCUAUGGAAAGAAAAAUGCUUCUACAAAGGUUUCUGAUUCGAUUUCUACACAAUAUCCAGUAGUGGACCAUGAAUUUGAUGCCGUUGUUGUGGGCGCAGGAGGAGCAGGUCUGCGAGCUGCAUUUGGUUUGUCAGAGGCAGGAUUUAAUACAGCAUGUGUUACAAAGCUGUUUCCCACCAGAUCUCAUACUGUUGCUGCACAGGGAGGGAUCAAUGCUGCUCUGGGAAACAUGGAGGACGAUAACUGGAGGUGGCAUUUCUAUGACACAGUGAAGGGGUCUGACUGGCUGGGUGACCAGGACGCCAUACACUACAUGACCGAGCAAGCCCCAGCUGCCGUGAUAGAGCUGGAAAACUAUGGGAUGCCGUUCAGCAGAACUGAAGAAGGAAAAAUCUAUCAGCGUGCAUUUGGUGGACAAAGUCUUCAGUUUGGAAAAGGAGGACAGGCUCACAGAUGCUGUUGUGUUGCAGACAGGACAGGACACUCACUGUUACAUACUCUGUAUGGCAGGUCUCUAAGAUACGAUACAAGCUACUUUGUUGAAUAUUUUGCCUUGGACCUACUUAUGGAAAAUGGAGAAUGCCGUGGUGUUAUUGCCCUUUGCAUAGAAGAUGGCACUAUACAUCGUUUUAGAGCAAAGAAUACUGUCAUUGCCACUGGGGGGUAUGGCCGCACUUACUUCAGUUGUACAUCUGCUCAUACUAGUACGGGUGAUGGCACUGCUAUGGUCACACGAGCUGGUCUUCCUUGCCAGGACUUAGAAUUUGUGCAGUUUCACCCUACAGGUAUCUAUGGGGCUGGCUGCCUUAUAACUGAAGGGUGCCGUGGAGAGGGAGGUAUUCUAAUUAAUAGUCAAGGUGAAAGAUUCAUGGAGAGAUACGCACCUGUUGCGAAGGAUCUGGCUUCCAGGGACGUAGUAUCUCGUUCUAUGACCAUAGAAAUCCGUGAAGGAAGGGGUUGUGGUCCUGAAAAAGACCAUGUGUACUUGCAGUUGCACCACUUACCACCACAGCAGCUAGCAACCCGUCUCCCAGGAAUUUCAGAAACGGCUAUGAUAUUUGCUGGAGUCGAUGUCACUAAAGAGCCUAUUCCUGUUCUGCCUACUGUGCAUUAUAAUAUGGGAGGUAUUCCUACUAACUACAAAGGACAGGUGAUCACACAUGUGAAUGGUGAGGAUAGAGUGGUACCUGGUUUAUAUGCUUGUGGGGAAGCAGCCUCUGCAUCUGUCCAUGGUGCAAAUCGACUUGGAGCAAACUCGCUUCUGGAUUUGGUGGUCUUUGGUCGUGCUUGUGCCCUUACUAUUGCAGAGACAUGCAAGCCUGGAGAGCCAGUUCCCUCCAUUAAACCAAAUGCUGGUGAAGAAUCAGUUGCUAAUCUUGACAAAUUAAGAUUUGCUGAUGGAACUGUAAGAACUUCAGAGGUGCGACUUAACAUGCAGAAGACAAUGCAAAACCAUGCUGCUGUAUUUCGUACUGGUUCUGUACUCCAGGAAGGCUGUGAAAAACUUAAACAGAUUUAUAGUGAUCUGGCUCAUCUAAAGACAUUUGACAGAGGCAUUGUGUGGAACACUGACUUGGUGGAGACCCUUGAACUGCAAAACCUGAUGCUUUGUGCUCUACAAACCAUUUAUGGUGCUGAGGCUCGCAAAGAGUCCCGGGGUGCUCAUGCCAGAGAGGACUAUAAGUUACGGAUAGAUGAGUUUGACUAUUCUAAGCCACUCCAAGGCCAGCAGCAGAAGCCGUUUGAAGAGCACUGGAGAAAGCACACCCUUUCAUAUGUGGAUGUCCCAUCUGGGAAGGUUACCUUGAAAUACAGACCCGUAAUCGAUAGAACUUUGAAUGAAGAAGACUGCUCAACUGUCCCACCUGCUAUUCGCUCAUACUAGUAACCUACUUUUAACUCGCAGCCAUCUCCCAGAGAGGGGGGUUUAAUGUACAUAAGCAUAGCACAAGCAAAUCAAAAUAGUAUUGUUUAUUACCAAUUGAUGGAAAACACUGACUAAGCUUUUCUCCAGCCUUGUAUUCUGCUGUGGCUUACUAUACAAUUAUGAAAAUGGAAUGCGGGACAGCUGCUGUUCUUUCACCUGUCUGGCACAACUGCCAGGGAAAACACAAAAUUGUGUCUAAAUAAAGUGAUGAAAAUCUUGUA